UCCACAUAUUUUGGAGGGAGUGAGAAAGAGAAGAAACAGAGUCUAUAGGGAGAGAGAGAGAGAGGUGGGUUUCUUUCUACUCUCUCUGUUUCAUCCACUUUCUAUGUUCUUGGUACAAUGGAAGCGCUUCUCGAACCGUGGAGUUUCAGUUGAGAGAGAAGGCACAGUUGUGGGAUAUACAUUCCCCUGUUCUUUGUUUUUCAGGGGAAAGUUUUUUUUGGGUGAAUAAUUUCAGAGGAAAGUUACCUUUUCUUUUAAAAGUUCUUUUUUUAGAAAUAUUUUCCUUCAAAACAAAAGGUUUUUCGUUCUUACUGUACUUUUUUUCCCAUCCAGUGGUUGUCAUUGUGAUUGAAUUUUGUCAAUAUAGAGACAAGAACGAGCGAUUCUAAUGAAUUCAGAUCAAGAAACAGGUGACAUUAUGUCCGGAAUUGAUAGGGAAACACUGUCACUGGUAUUGCAGUCCCUUACUGAGAUGAACUUCAGAAAAACUCAUCGCGUGCUCGAGAGCGAGUCAGGUGUCUUCAUUGACAUCAAGUAUGUUGAGGAGCUGGUGGCUACUAAAAAAUGGGAUGAGGUCACAAGAUACGUUUCUGGCUUCACCAAAUGGGAUGACAACCAUCAUUCUACUACCAUUAAUUUCAUUUUCUGGAGCUGGAAGUACUUUGAGGCAUUGGACAAGUGCAAUCUUCACAAAGCCACAGAUAUUCUUACGAACAAACUACAAGUUUUUUCUGAGUCUAAUGAAGAAUUAAUGAAGGAGAUGACCUUGAUAUUAAAAUGUCAUCUCAGGUUGGCUAACAGGGAGAUCCAAAGAAAGAAUCUGAAGGGAACGUUGUUCAAGAAGUGUUUGAAAGAACUUCCCAUAAUACACUUCCCUACCUUAGCAUAUUCAAAGCUAAAGCAUCUCUUUCUCCAAGGAAAUCCCAAUAAUUCUGAGGCUGGAUUAGCAUCACAAUCUGCAAAUUUGGCCCCAGAAGGUCAAAUUGAGCCGCGACUAACCAUAGUAAAACCAGUUCCAGAUCCCUUGAGCCGGCAGCUAAAAAACCUACGAACUAUAAAUCAGGAUCCCCCUUGCUUGUCAAGAAUUAGGCGCGAGACUGUGACCAAGAGCAAGGAUGUGAGGAAAAAUGUAAAUCCUAGAUUAGAUGAAGUUCGACCAAGCAAGAGGAUGAGGCUCAACGCACUUACUCAGCCUAAUCAAAUUUGGUCCAUUACAGUGUCUGAACCUCCAGAAACAAACAUGAUCAUAAGGUUGAUCUAUACAAAUUCUGGUAUGGGCCUUCUAGUAUUAGCAUCAAAUGGCAUUAAAAUACUCUGGAAGUUGCAAAAAGAUGAUACAAACCCGGACAACAAGGCAAAAACAACCAUGUACACCCUUCAAUUGUGGGAGCCAGGAGCAGGAAAACAAAUGAAAAAUGACUUUCCUGGCAUCAACUGUUUUGCCUUGACGAACAAUGAUAGUUUUCUCAUGUUAGCAUCUGGAGGGUCAAUGACCUUGUUCGACACUACUGGCUCUGAGACUACAAAGGUUUUCAUGUGCCCGGCAUGUAAAGCGACUUGUCUGCUUUUCCACCCUCAGGACAACAAUGUCAUUUUUAUCGGCAUGGAUAAUUCAACAAUUCAGAUAUUUAAUGUGCAUUUGUCUAAGCAUAAAGUCAUUGCUGGUCACUGUAGAAGAAUCACUGGCCUAGGCUUUUCCACUAAGCAGAAUGUACUUGUUUCUUCUGCAGCAAAUUCUGAGAUUAUAGUGUGGGAGUACAGGGACUGUAAGUUCAAAGAAAUGAAGAAGCACAGCUUCUUGUGGUUUCAAGAUGAGAGCAUACUCAGAUCAAUACUGUGGGACACCCAGGUUCAGUUUCAUCAAGAUCAGAAACACUUCCUUGUGGUGACUGAAUUGAAAUUUGCCAUAUAUACAACAGAGCUAGAAUGUAAAAACCAGAGGUGUCUCCCAUUGGAUCUGUCAAAAAUGAUUGUCCAUGCAACAUUUUCAUGUGAUAGUCAGUUGGUGUACAUCGCGAUUAAGAAUGGAACUGUUGCCAUGUUUUCUUUUUCAAAUCUCCAACUACUAUGUGAGAUUCUUCGUGAUGCUUAUCUUCCGUCCAAUAUCAGUUCUCAUGCAUACCCAAUUGUGAUUGCUGCACAUCCGCAAAAACGCAACCAGAUUGCAUUAGGAUUCAGUGAUGGAAGGGUUAUUGUAAUUGAGCUACCUGAGUCUACAGCUCAACAACAUGUUGCGCCCUCACCUGUUGAGAGUGAGUCAACAAGAAGCAAAACUCAUACUGCACAACAAAUGACGAUGUUGCCAGCUCCUGGUGAAGCUGGAAGCAGUCGUCCAUCCUUUGAUGCAAACGUCGAGAUCACGAGUGGUGGAUUAGCAUUGCAAUCUUCUCAUUUGGUCCCCGCGGGUUGUCAAAUUGAGCCACAGCAAACCAUUGCAAGACCAGUUCCAGAUCCCUUGAGCUUGCAGCAGCGUAAUCUACCAACUAUAAAUCAGAAGGGAGGUUCACCUUUUAUGAGAAUCAACAAGAGGGGAAGAUUCGAAGUGCUUAGGCGUCCUAAUCAAGUUCGGUCCUUGACAGUCUCUGAACCUCUGAAAACAAACACGAUCAUGAGGUUGAUCUACACGAAUUCUGGUAAUGGGCCUUCUAGCAUUAGACUCAAAGCACACUAAUCUACUCUGGAAGUGGAGAAAAGAUGAAAUAGACAUCAAGGCAACAACCAUGUAUCCCCCUCAACUAUGGGAGCCGGAAGCAAGAAAAAAAAUGAAAAAUGACUUGCCUGACAUUGAACCCAAAGACCCCAUCAACUGUUUUGCCUUGUCCAACAACGAUAAUUUUCUCAUGUCAGCAAC